AUGCAAAAAGAAAUAAGAACAAGUCAUAGACUAGAACAAGAUAAAAAGGUGAGACAAAAUUAAAUUUCAGAAUUGAUUAAAAUAUUUGAAGAAGAUUAAAUACAAUAUGAUAUUGUUUAAUCAUUUUCUAAUGAGCUUGAAUAGGCUGCAUUUGAUUUAUCUGGUGGAGAAAAUACAAGAGAAUAUAGAACUAGAUUAAAUACUGUGAAAAUUAGAUUAAAUGGCACUAAAGGUAAUUUAUUAAUAAAUAAAUUUAGGUCAAUUCAUUCGAUCAGUUUUAUUAUAAAGAAUAAUGACUCCUUUAGAGUUGAUGAGUUUUGAUAUGUCUAAAUUAAAUGAAAAUUCAAUAUAAACAUUUUUAGAACAAAAUAAUAGAUAAUUACCUCAAAAGAAUGUCUCUAAUAGAUUAAAUUAGAAAUUAUAAGCUGAUAAAGAUCUAAUUAUAAAUUCAAAUUAAAAAUUAAAAGAGGAUUAAAUUAUCAAUUAAUAACAAGAAUAGAAAUAGAAACUUAAUGAAGAAAAUAUAAAAUAAUAAGAAUAACAUAAAUCUACUGAAAUUAUUGUAUCUGAAACAUAGGCUGAUAUAAAAAUAAAAUAAAACAAUAAUCCUCAUAAUCAAAUAAUUACUACUCAUGCAGAAAAUGAUAAAAUUGAUUUUGCACCUUAAGAAGAACCCGUUUAAUAAUUUGAAGAAUUCAUAGAUUAUGUAUUAGUUAUUUCAUUCUUAGAGCUUUGAAUAUAAUUAGAAAUAAAUAGAUUUCGUUGAAGGAAAUGAUUUUCCUAAUAUUGAAGAACUUUAAAUUAAUGAAAUUAAAAAAAAUAAUUAACUUGAAGAUUAAUUUGCUAAUAGUCCAUUACCCUCUGACAAUGUAUUAAAUCAAGAAUUUCUAUAAGAUGAUCCUUAAGAGGGUAUUAAAGAGAAUGUUUAAACUAAAAUUUUAGAUUCUUAAAUUUAAGAAGAGGAACAAAAAUAUUAUGAUCAUGAAUGUAGUUUCUAAGCAUAGGAACAACAAUUAAUUGAAGCUAAAAAUUUUAAUCUUAUUUUAGAAUAAUAAACUGAUCAUUAAUUAGCUGAAUUUGCAAUUUAGACAGCUAAUUAAAAUUUAUAAUAAUCUAUAUAAAAUCAUUUGUAGGAUUCAAAACCAGAUUUCAAUAAAUUUCAUACUAAUCAUUUUGAAUAAUAAAUUUAUUAAAAAGUAUUAGAGUAACACUAAUAAGAAUAAAAAAUUGUUUAAGAUGUUUUAUUUUAGUAAUAAUAAUAAUAAUAAUAAUAAUAAUAAUAAUAAUAAUAAUAAUAAUAAUAAUAAAAUAAUUCUGAAGAAGAACUUCCUUAGAAUUAUGAUGAAUUUUUUAGUUUUAUUGCUAAAAGAGAUUAGAAAUAUGAAAAAUAGAUUGAAUAACUGUUAGAUUAAAAUAAAAUAUUGACAUAACAAUUUUAUAAUAUUUAGAUAGAAAAUUAAGUGUAAUAAGAAAAUUUGGAGAUUUAAAAUCUUAAUUGUUAGAAUCAAAUUUAAUAAUUAUGUAAUGAGAAUAAUCUAUUAAAAUUGACUUUCAAAUAAAAUGAAUAGGAAUAACAAUAAUUAAUGACACAUUUAAAGGAAUAAGCAAAAAUUGAGAAGGCUUAAUUUUAAAAGGUUUAGUAGAAUUAGUUAUCAAUAUAAUAGAAACAUAAAGAAUUUUUAGAAUAGAUUAAAUUUAAUUUAGAUUAUAGAAGAGAUACUGUAUUUAAAUUAAUGUAGCCAAAUCAAUAAGGUAUUAAUUUGGAUGAUGAAAUUAAUUAGAUUUAAGAAAUUUUAGUAAAGCAAAAUAUGAUAGAAAAUAAUUAUUAUUAGAAUUUCUAAACAAAUGAAAAUCAAAUAUUCAAUCAUUUAUAAUGGGCAACAGAAAAUGAUACUUAAGGUAUUGGAACAGUAGUAAAUGCAGAUUCUGGUUCAACUUAAAUUCGUAGAUAAAAAGAGGGUAUGAACCCAGAAUUUUAAGAUGAUAAUGAAUAAAAUUAACUAUAAAAUGAAAUAUCUAAUUAAGUGACAAUAAAUUAAACAAGAACAUUAUAAUAAGGAAUAGAUAAUUGUUAUUAAAAUUAGACUUUAAAUAUUGAAUAAAUGAAUUAAGAAAAAGAUCAGUAAUAAUAAUAAUAAUAAUUUUAUAAUAAGAGAUAGAGUAAUACAAAAUAAAAUGCUUAAGUAGAAUUAGUAUAAAGAAAUAUUGAUAAUUAAAGAUAACAAGAUUAAGAAUAAUUAAAAUAGAUGAAAAGGAAUAAUAAUAAUAAUAAUAAUAGAGGAAAUGAAAUGGAGAGAAAUGAAUAAAGGAAAGGAUAAUAAAUAAAAAGAUAUAAUGUGGCUGAAUAAUAGUUUGAUUGA